UUUUUCGCGCUUUUUGAAUACGAAGGAACCGGCGCCAAAGGGUAUUAUAUGCGCGUUUUUUAUUAUUAUUGAAUGUUUAUUGAAGUGACGUUUUAAUCAGUGAUAUUAAUAAGUUUACGCGUAGGUUUUUUUUUAAAUAAUCACAUAGGAAAGUGUUAAUUUUCAAUUAGUGAAGGAUGGGCCGAUGAGCAGAAGAUAGUUCAGUCAUCUUACUUAACUCGCGAGUUGGUGUGUUGGUGCGUGUGCUACAACGAAAAAUAGCUUUCAGAUAACCUUCUGGAUUUAACCGAGGUCUAAUCCUAUCUCAGUGUAAACAGAACUCACCUAAAUGGUUUUGGUCAAUUGAUACGUAAAGGUGAAAAACAUGAAGGAAAAAUUAUUGUAAAAAUAUAUCGGAUUAUUUUUUUUUUCGGAAAACUGUAGUGGAGUUAGUGUGUUUAAGAAAGUUGGACUGAAACCGAAAAGAUGGUUGGAAAAAUUGAUUAUUCAAGCGUCCCCACGUCGUUGGACCUCGAAAAUAACUCGAGCCAAAAGAAAUACACAGUGAACCAAAACAAUUCAAAAGGUCUGGUCAUAUCCAAGCCGCUAUGCACCCUCAUGGCGAUAGGAGCCCUCUUGUUGGCGGUUUUGGCUGGACUGGUAGUAUUUUUCUUAGUACCAAGGGGCUGCAGUGGGACAGGGGAAGGGCCCAUGGCAUCGUUGAUGAAGAAGGAGGGAGAAAGCUCGAUAAUGAUGGACAAUUUGCUGGAUGAGGUCAACGAAAGGUUGCCAAGAAGUAUAAAGCCUUUACAUUACAGGAUAGAAAUUCGGCCGGAUUUUGGAAAUGGUACUACACAAGGAACAGAGACCAUCACAUUUCAACCAGCAGAAGAUACAGAUACUAUUACGUUCCAUGCAAAUAAAAUAGACAUAGACUCGCAAUCUCUAGAUAUUAGAUCUUCAGAUGGUCAAAAUGGUGAUUCUCUACCAAUCAGAUCUCACGACUACCUAGAAGGACAAAGAUACAGGAUAGUGGUCGAUCAGAAACUGAAAAAAGACAAAACGUACUCUCUAAAUUUAAGAUACCAAGGAGAACUUAACAAUCAGCUGCAAGGAUUUUAUAAAAGCCAUUACCAGUCACCUUCUGGAGAGACCAGAAUCGCUGCCAGUACUCAGUUUUCACCAACUGAUGCUAGGAGAGCAUUCCCGUGCUUCGACGAGCCGUAUUUUAAGGCGAAAUUUAACAUACGGCUGGCUAGGCCUGGAAACAUGUCGACGUUAUCCAACAUGCCUUUGGAAAGAAGCGAAAUAUUACCAACAGUGGAAGGUGCCUGGUAUUGGGACAACUAUCCCGAAACACCCGAAAUGCCUACAUACUUAGUUGCAUUUGUCAUGAGUGACUUAAUAUCUAUGCAAUCAUCCGAUAGAAAUAUUAAAGUCUGGGCCAGAAAAGAAUAUUUAUCUCAGACGAAUUAUGCUGCUAACAUUGCCCCAACAAUUUUGAGAUACUUUGAGGAUUAUUUCAGUAUAAGAUUUCCCCUCCCCAAAAUUGAUAUUGUGGCUCUACCAGAAUUCGGCUUCGGCGCUAUGGAAAAUUGGGGUCUCAUCACAUUCAGAGAAAGCAACCUGCUCUUUGACAAUUAUGGUUCAACCGUCGAAGACAGAAGAACCAUCGCAACAGUACUAUCUCACGAAAUAGCGCACCAAUGGUUCGGUAACCUUGUCACACCCAAAUGGUGGAACGAUCUAUGGUUAAAAGAAGGAUUUGCGACAUAUUUGAUGUACCUUGGAGUAGAUCAUGCCGAACCAUCAUGGAAAAUCAUGGAAGAAUUUAUACCCAGUGAAAUUCAGAGGGCAAUGAGUGUAGACAGACUGGAAUAUUCUAGGCCUAUCAGUUAUGAAUUUAUCAAUAGUAGGCAAAUCAAACAGGCAUUCGACGACAUUUCUUAUGCUAAAGGAGCAAGUAUUAUACGUAUGAUGAACCAUUUUCUUGGAGAGGACACUUUCAAAACUGGGCUGAUUAAAUAUCUGGAAAAAUUCAAAUUCGGUAAUGCCGAUAGGGACGAUCUGUUUGACAGUUUGACAGAGGAGGCGCAUAGAAGUGGCGCUUUGCUGCCUAAUGAGACGGUCAACGAGAUCAUGAGUACCUGGACUGAACAGGCCGGUUUUCCUGUCAUCAAUGUCGUACCAGAUUAUGUAAAAAAUACUUUAAAACUUGUUCAGAAACGAUUUUUGUUAAACAAUCCCAAACCCAGCGAUGAUACAAGAUGGUGGAUACCCAUCUCGUACACCAGUAGUAGUCUGACCCAAAAUAAUUUGGAUACCAAGCCCAAGAUAUGGCUGAGAGGUGAAAAAGAAGUUGUAGUCCAAGUAGAUCCCAUCGGAGAUUGGUAUUUGUUAAACUUAAAUUAUACAGGAUACUACUUGGUAAAUUACGACGAGAAGAACUGGAAAAGAUUGAGUGAAAGGAUAAUGGCAGUACCAGCGCUAGCCAGAGCUCAACUCAUUACUGACGCGAUGGAUUUGGCACGUGCCAGCCAACUGGACUACGAAAUUCCACUUCGUAUGAUAGCAAGAAUGGCUGUCCAAGACGAACAAAUAAUGUUCAUUCCCACAGCCGUAGCUUUCGACAAAUUAUCAUUUCUUAGUGACAUCUUAUACGACACUCCAGCUUUUGGAUUAUUCGAGGAAUAUCACAAAGCGAUAUUUAAGAGGACCUACCAGUUAGUAGAUUUUAACGAUGAUAUCGACGAUUACAUUACCAGAAGAAUCAGACAGAUGGUUUUAACGUGGUCCUGUAGAAGUGCAGAAUCCAGAUGCGUUCACGAAUCCAGAGCCAGGUUCAGAUCUUGGAUGAUCAAUGGCAAAACGUCUAGAAACAGGAAUGCGACUGCGAAUACAAUUGUGCCAAACCUCCGUUCCAUUAUAUAUUGUACAGCGAUAAGGGAAGGUUCAGAGCUAGAAUGGAAUUUUGCUUACGAAAAAUAUCUGGAAAGUACCUCACCGUCAGAGAAGAAUGUCCUCCUGGAUGCACUUGGUUGUACUAAAUUAAAGUGGUUACUGUCAAGAUAUUUGGAUAAACUAAUUGAUGGUUAUAGUAUCAGGAUCCAGGACGCGGAUAGGGUGUUCGAGUCUGUUGCCAAUAAUAAAGAAGGAAUGUUGAUCGCAUUCGACUUUAUACGAAAGAAUUGGAACGAGUUGCUGAAUCAUUACGGGGAUGGAUUCAAUAUCUUAGGAAAAAUGAUUAAUUCUCUAGCAUCCCAUAUGACAACAGAAUUUCAACUGGAUGAGCUAAUAAGAUUCAGGGAAAGUAUAAAAGCCAACAUCAGUACAGCUACCCAAUCAUUCGAUAUCGCUAUCAAAACAGUCAAAGCAAACGUAGAUUGGAUGAGUAAGAACUAUCAACAGGUGGAGGAUUGGUUAACCAAGCACCAGGAACAAUUUCAUUAUCUAUAAGAAUUAGAUAAAAUCCAUAUUAUCUUAAAAAAUCGAACUUUUGUUACUUAAUUUGAAAAAUCAGAUGCGAAUAUUAUAGAAUAAGUUAUAUAUAUGUCCGUUAAAAAAGUUAUCAUAUGAGCUGAAACAUAUGUAAUUAAAUAGGCUGGCAACUUUCAUCUAAUUUAUUACCUUCAGUUGUUUACGAAAUUCCACUAGUUAGUGAUAAAAGAUAUUAUCCACUAGUUGUGAUCAAAGAUAUUUUCCUAACAAACAACACGUUUUAAAAUUCACUAGCCAUUCAUGUCAUGGUUUACAAAAUAUUUAUGUUUAUUUUUCUCCUAAUUUGAAUAUUUGACAAAAAAUUUUCUGUCAUAUACAAUAAGAACAUCUCUGGAGCAAAGUUGAAUACAUGCGUUUUUACCCCCUAUUUAAUCACAUAUACCGUGCUGGCAACUCUUACUUUUGGGUCGGUAUUGCAGAGAGAAAUGCAACGGUGUGCUGUUGCGGCGUUGCCCCAUUUCUCCGGUACGCCUUUCUCUAUCAAGUAAAGUAAAAUCACGAUCGUAAACGGCUUAUUUUUAAAAGACUUUUAUUUUCGAAAAGAUAACUAGAUGAACUAGAUAACACGCGAUAACUUUAUUUUGAAGUUCGGAUCUUUUACAAGAUAUUUAAAUAAGAAAGAUUCGAUAGGUUGUUUUUUCCCGUUCAAAAUUAAAAAAUCAUCCAUUUACUUUUAGUGCAUUGC